AUUCGCGGUCGCAGUCGACGUUCCGCUGUCACCGCUGGCGGCAGUUAACUUCUCGCUGUUAACGUGGCUAUAAUUGCAAGACGCAAGAAAGCAGUUUUAAUUGUUGUAAACAAGCGCGCGAGUUCGGUUCAUUCGGCAACACAAAAUCAAACGAACAGAAGUUCUCCGCGAGUUGUUCAAUCGUUUGUUAUUGUUGAUAAGGGCGGUGAAAUUAAAUUAAAAAAUCUCCAACAAGUGCCGCCAAUUAUUUAAAUUCCGCCAAUAAAAAAGCAACAAAAAAAAGAAAAAAUAUAAAAUUUUAAAAAGUGAAAAUUGAAUGCAAAUAGGAAAGAUUUGUGGGCGUUGUCUAUAAAAACAAAUCAGCAAACAGUAAAAAUAUAUAUGAAAAAAAGGAGAGCCUUAAUGCCAACGAUCAAUAUUUGAACAGCAAAUCAGCAAUGAGAGCGGCCUGUAUCUGCGAGUUACGAUUUUCAACAAAAACUGUACGAGAUGCGUGAGGCGAAUUAACACCGAUGCGUUAACACAAUUAGUUGAAAAGUGAAAAACGGCAUAAAGUAGAGGCAGGAGAUUAAAUAAAAUAAAAUCUAUAUGCCAUUCGGGAGUGCCGACAAAAAGCGGGCCAGCAAAUUUGCAGCUUUACACUCGACGGGCGUUUUCAGUCGCGCAAUGAAGCUCUAGCAUCGCGGCUGAAUCGAAGAAAAUAAAAACACGUGUACCAAAAACCAAAUAAAACCCAAGUGAUACAAAAACCCAACAAAACAUUGAGUUCUAAACGAUGUCUGAUUUAUUGAAAGCGCUGAAUAUCACGGGCAACCUGCUGGCAGGCCUCGAAGACACCGGCAAUCUAACGAUUGCAACUGCAACUGCCACAGCGACCACAUUGAGUGAAGGCCUCAAUGGCACGGCAACGACCUUGGAUGCCACAGCGGCCAAUAGUGGCGAAAAACUCGAUCUUGGCGGUUUCGAUCUGCCGGGGAACUACUCCAUACUGAUUAACAAACUCGAGCAGCUGGCCUUGGGUCUGGAUUCGGCCCUGGGCAAUUUCACCAUCGAUCGCCAGGAGGUCGAGAUCAACUUGAGUGGCGCCGCGACCGCGAAUGAUGUCGCCGAUGUGGCCGACGACCUCUUUGAUGUGCUGCCGGCUGCUCGGGCUCCUCCGCCACAUAUAGCCCACGGAUCAAGGAUAUAUACGGGCGACGAUGGCCAGGACUUUGCCCAUGUGGUCAGCGAUAUCUGGAUUGGAGUCAUCCUCACACUGCUCAUCGUCUUUGUGAUUUUCUUCAUUUGCGCGUGCUUCGUGUACCACAAGUUCCAGCAGUGGAAGAAUUCAUACCGUGCCAAUCACAGUGAUCCGACGAUUGAGAUCUGCCGCCGCUGUCCGCCGGACUACGAGGCGGAGUCGCUGCCCUCGUACACGAUUGUGUCCGGACUGCCCACCUACGACGAUGCUUUGGAGGAGUUCCGGAAGGCGGGCAUAAUCCUGACCCCCGCCGUGGUGCCCAUCAUCAAGAUAUUCGAGUGCAACGAGAACGGCAAGGAGCAAGCGGUCGGCUACAGCCUGGUGGAGACGAACAUCCCGAGUGGGGAUGGGGGAGCGGACAACAUUUCGAUAGCCUCCACCACCUGCAACUGCGGCAACUCCUCGCCCACCGCAUCGCUGCCCAGCUACAGUGCCGCCACGGCCGCUGCCUUGGCCGCGGCGGCGGCUGCUCCUCCCCAGGUGAUCGAACUCUCGCCGGAGCACCUGGCCUCCUUGUCCCAGAAGCGCCUCUCCCUGCAGAUCUCAUUCAACAACUCGGUGCGCCGGCAGUCGCCGCUCAGGAAUCACUUGCUGCGGUCCCGGGCGGUGGGAAAUACCGCCGGAGUGGGGCCGUCGGAGGCGGUGGGACCCGUGGCCGUCCACGGGUCAGGGGGUCACGGAGGUCACGGAGCCGCCGUCCUGCCCAUCCUGCACCGCUCCACCUCGACCAUUUCACUCUCCAACGAACGCCAGUUGCUGGAUCAACGCCUCAGGCACUUGCAUCAUCGCGGUUCCCUCUACUAGGGAACCCAGAUUGAGCAUCCCAACUGCCUGACUAUUCCUUCCUAAAGUGUAUUCCUUACGUUAUCCAUAUCCCAAGAGUUGUUAGUUUUAAGACACAGACACAAUAAACAUACGUUAUUUUAUGAA